CCUUUCCUCUGCAUUUUUACCGUUUUAUACUUGUUUAUUUAUUUACAUUAUUUAUUUAUUCAUUUAUUUGUUUGUCUAUUUGUUUGUUCACCUGUCUGUCCAUUUAUUUAUUUGUUUAUUUUACCAACCGUUUAUUUAUUUGUUUAUUCAUCUCACUAUGUAUCGAUUUAUUUAUUCAUUCAUUUAUUUAUUUAUUUGCCUAUUGAUUUGCUUAUUUGUUUGCUUAUUUAUUCGUUUAUUUAUCUGUCCAUUUACUUCUUUAUUUGUACAUGUAUUCGUUUGUUUAUUUGUUUAUUUAUCCGUUUGCUUAUUUACUUAUUAAUUAAUUUAUUUAUUCGUUUACUUAUUUAUAUGUUCACUUAUUAUUAUUAUAUGUUUACUUUUUUUUUCGCUUACUUAUUUUUAUAUGUUUAUUUAUAUGUUCAUUUAUUUAUUUGUUUAUUAUUUGUUCAUCUAAUUGUUCAUUUAUCUGUUUAUUUAUCUAUUUUAUCUAUUUAUCUGUUCAUUUAUUUGCUUGUUUACUUGCUCAUUUAUUUGUUUAUUUAUUUAUCCAUCUAUUCACUCAUUUUUUCCACUUAU